GAGGCAGAGGGCGCCUGAUGUAUUUAAACACGAUGCUCCUGCUGCUGCUGCUGCUGCACAACAACAUCAGCCAGCUCACUUAGAAACAAAGUGGCGCGGGGACACGGAGUAGCCGCUUUCAUCCGGAAUAUUUGUGUUUUCAUUUAAAGGAAGGACAGUCCUCAGAAUGGCUUUACGGAGACACAGUGCAUUUGACAGACAUGGAGGUGUCACGGCGGGUUAUUGCCUCAGGAAAUGAUGACAGUGUCCUCCAUCGCCGCUUAGCGACUUAGCGAUAUUUUCUUGUCUUGCGGCCAUUUCCACCAGGACUUACACCGCCUGUCAGGUUAGAAGACAUAAAACCCCAAAUAAGCGGCUGGAAGCGGCGUCUCGGAGGCUGUGGGAGCAGGUGCAGCAGUGUGUCCACAGGCAGCUACACAGCUGACUGUGACUCUUAAACCUUUUUAUCUGGAGAGCUGGACGUCAUAUUUUAAAGAUGUCAACCACUAUAGAGAGAAAGACACUGGAAGCAAAUGAGGAGCCAGUGGAUGAGGUCCUGCAGAUGCCUCCGUCUCUGCUGACAUGUGGUGGCUGUCAGCAGAGCAUCGGUGACAGAUUCUUCCUGAAGGCAAUCGAGCAGUACUGGCACGAGGACUGCCUGAGCUGCGACCUGUGUGGCUGUCGACUUGGGGAGGUGGGCCGUCGGCUUUACUACAAACUGGGAAGAAAACUAUGUCGACGAGACUACCUCAGGCUGUUCGGUCAGGACGGUCUCUGCGCGUCCUGUGAGAAGAGGAUUCGAGCGUUCGAGAUGACAAUGCGUGUGCGGGAUAAGGUGUACCAUCUGGAAUGCUUCAAGUGUGCCGCCUGCCAGAAACACUUCUGCGUGGGUGACCGCUACCUCCUCAUCAACUCAGACAUUGUGUGCGAGCAGGACAUCUUUGAGUGGACCAAACUCAACAAUAACAACAGCAUGGUUUAGCAGAAAAAAUCUUGUGCCCAACACGGAGGAGUGUCACCCUGCCCUUUCCCCCUGGCUUUACAGGGAAUGGAACACAUUUGAAGGCUUUAACUUUAGCGUCAGAGUCUGAUGUGGAAUCAUUUGAACUUAACACGAGUGACUAAACCUCUGCAUUGCUCCCUGCUUGGGACUAAUGAACCUACACCAGCAAUAGCACAAUGGAAUUUAAGACAUUUUUAAUGAAAAAAAGUUUCUUGUAGUUCGACACUGUGACAUCAUCUCAGCCUGGUCUAAAAAGCUUAAUAAGAAUUUCAGUAACCUAUAAUGUCAUAAAUCAGUAUUUUUUUCUAAGAAUGACCUGCAAAGAACAAUAGAAUUUGAUUCAAAUUGUUUCAAAUUCAUUUUAACUCAAUUUAUAGGAGACUUGGUUCUCCGUAUGAGUUUAAUUGUAAAUCAUUUACAUGUUCAGCUUACCUGCUGCACUGACUCAAAGACUUUUCAUACAAUUAAUAUUACAUUACUUAGUUCUCUGCAGGAAAUUGGAGAGAAUUAGAUGAGCAAAUGUUCAACCUAUAAAGUAAAUCAUUACCAGCUUUUCUUACCAUCAAUAGAAUAUAAGUCAUUUUGAUUUGUCCUGAUCAGAAUGAUUGUACGGUAUCACCAGGUUGAACCGGUGCUGCCCUCUAGUGAUCAAAGGAAUUCAUGCAAUAUAAAUGUGACUGACUUUGGAGAAGUUUACUAUGUUUCUUUUGUAACUGUUGCAACUCUCUGGACAUACACCUGAGAUUUUUUGGUAUAUUUACUUGUCAAUUUAUUAAAUAAAUUACAAUUCAGAGAAA